AGUAGGUCGAUCAAUACCUCCGAUUUUCCGAAAAUAAAUUGAGACUGUUAUUGUUAAACUAUUUGCGUGUUAAACUUAACAGGAAAAAUGGAGUGUCGAAUGUGCCGAGUUAUUAAGUUACCAAAUGAGUUUGCACCGGAGAAUGUUACCGAAGAAUGUGAACAUCCAUCUUUAUUCUGUUUAAGGUGUACUGUAAAAACAGUGAAGGAAACAUCAACAUGCCCGUAUCAAGGAUGCGGUCAAAAAGUACAAUUAACCGACAAAAAGAUAAGAUGGUUUCAGGCAAUAUUAGAUGACAUGUUCAAGGAGUAUGAUGCUGGUGAUCAUGAAGAUUUUGAUAGCCAGAGUGUUCCGAACUCAUUACUUGCUGGAGGUAUUAUAACAAUCAGUGUUCUGACCGGAGAAAGUAUGGCUGUACCUUAUGAUCCGAACCUACAGGUUCUGCAACUGAAAAUGCAGAUAAGCGAGACAAUGGACCACCCUGUCGAUAAGCAAAAACUUCUAUACAUGGAUAAAGAAUUAGCAAGUUACAAGAAGGACGGAAUGCCAGCAAGAUUACUAGAUUAUAGUGUGAAGCCGAAUGCCACACUUUGUUUAGUUAUCGUACUAUUUUCUGUCCCAGAUAACUUUGACAAUGUCGUGUUUGAUUUGUUUUGGGGCUACCCGUUAGGUAGGCGGGAUUAUUUAGAUGCGUCAUGUCUCAUGUUCAAGGGGACCCACUGCCAGUCAAUUUGUGACUACUCGAAAAGUAAUCCAGUAAAAGCAAUAAGGCACUCUGGAGAUGUAAUGGAUGAUGUAAAAGAAAUUGGACAUCAUACGAUUAAUGUCAGUUUAAAAAGUCUACCAACUGAUAUAACACAUUUGUUUUUCACUCUUAGUGCUUGGAGUUCGCCAAAUAUAUCGCGAUAUCCAAACCCAAGCUUGAAGUUCCAUGAGAUGUCUAAUCCUACGAAAGAUUUAUGUAAAACCACAUUCCAUCAUGCAGGAGCGUCUCAAGCCGUUGUCAUGUGUUCUGUGUCACGUGGUUCUCAUGGCCGAUGGGAAAUAUUUGAAUCCGGAAAACUAUCGGCUGGUAAUGCAAGAGACUAUAAACCUUUACAGACAACCAUUCAGUCAUUGAUUACACAAGGAUUUUGAAAGGAAUAUAUGUUCAUCUGAUUUUCAAAAAUCAGACCGGGUGUGAGAAGUAAACCAUUGAGUACUUGACAUUUAUAGAUAUAUAUGUAGAUGGCUGUCUUCUGUUGUACAUGAAUAUAUUUAUAAUGUGAUGUUUUGAAUAUAUAAACCAUAUGCAAUAAUUAA